AAGGCGGCGGGCGGGGAAAAGCGCAGAUCCUCCGCUGCGCGCCGCGACUCCGUGCGCCCCCCGCCGCUCCAUGGCCCUGCGGCUCCUGCUCCUGCUGGCGGCGUUGCUGCUGGGCGCCUGGGGGCCGCAUUCGGCUACCGCCGCUGCAAGACGUGGCUCGACCGAGCUGCUGAAAGCCCCAGGUAACUGCAGUGAGCCGCCCCCCCAGGUAGAAAAUGCAGAGGUUCCUAAAGGGAGCAGCGACAGCAACAGACUGCGGUACUCGUGCGUCAAGAAUUACAAGAGGAAAGCGGGCACGUCCAGUCUCGCCGUGUGCAGGGAGAACGCCACGACAGGAAAGUUUGAAUGGGAUGUGCGCCUGACCUGCAUCAAAGAUCCUUCGCUGCCUGCCACCACAACAGAGGAUCCCAGAAGAGAGGCAGAGACUUCCACCCCAGCGACUCCGCAAGCUGCUGGUGUUAACACUUCAGUGGCCUCCGCCGCAGCCCCAUAUGGCAGCGAGACCCCUUCGCCAUCAGCCUCGAUCGCCGCACUGAUCAGGACUGGUAAACCAACUAGGCCUGGCAGGGCAAUGGCAACCACCACCACCCCAGAGCUUGGCAGACACACUCCUGGCACGGCCAGCGAAAGCUCGGCAAAAUGCGAAAGCGCCGCCGCCAAAGCCUCGCAGCCCGCGACUAGCAACCGCCACACGGCAGGAGACAGAACGAUCGCCCCGGUGCCUAUCGAGAGACAAACAGGUUCCCUCCCCUUGAGGAUUGGAGUGCCUUGCCUGGUUUUAGUGGCGCUCCUGCUGGUAGGAUGUCUUGCAUUCCGGUGGCAUAGAAGACCGCGCUCUGUUCAGGGACAGGCGGAUGUUCCACUGGAGGAGCAAAUCCCGAUGGCUGCCGAGAGGUCGGAACCAGGAGACCAGGCACCCCUGGCAGCCGGCAGCCCCGAUGACCUGAGACCCACAGACGAAGGGCUUCGGACGUUGCCGCCUCACUGUUCUCCCUCCAGCGGCUGAGCCCACAACCGAUCCACCCUAAGAACUUGCGAGAGGGGGAAGCAAUCUUAGGAGAGUGGCAGGCUCACGGAGAAGCAAGUUGCAGAAUCCCUGGUGCAUGGAGUCGGAAUGGCGAUGGAGCCACUCCCUCGUUGCAAAGCGUUUCUGAGGAGAUCUGGGAAUUCGUUUCUAGGAAUUCUGCUCUGUACCCAGGUUGCAAACAAAGUGGAUGUGUCUGUACAAGGACUGCAGCCUCUCCCGGUCUGUCUCCCAGAGCUUGCCAGAGACAGAGAGAGAGAGAAAAGGAAAAACGGAAGUUGGAAAAACUGGAGAACAACGUCCCCCCGAUGAUCAGAAGACUCGAAGGAGGCCGAGGAGGAGGAGGAUCUGAAGAGUGCUAGAAGUUUCACCUGGAUCCCACUGGAGGCGCUGAGAAAGAAAGGAGGGAUGAGCGCCGGAAGAUGUCGAGGGAGAAAGGAAGAUUUCUCUGGAGGAAGAAAACGUCCAACAGCCCUGGGAAGAUGUGGCUGGGCUCGGAUACGAAGCUGGAGAGACAACGGAAGAAGUUGAGGCGGCUGUGACACCUGGCACUUGGGUCAUUCCCGCUAAGGGUGCAAUCGACAUUAAUGCCCCAUUCAUUCUAAGGGGGCAGAUUUUAAAGGGAAUAGACAGGUCCCUAGAGGAUGAUGCUAUCAGUGACUACUAGUCAUGGCUGGUUAUAUGCUUACCCCCCAGGAUCUGUAGAAUUCUACGGAGCAAAACGAAAGAGAUUGUUUCAACUAAGAGAUAAUAUUGGAGGUCUAACCGAACAGCAAGGAAAUGAAAAAUAAUAAUAAUUAGGGCUAUCACCCAAUUAGAGAAGGCCUAAGGCAAUUAACCUGGAAAAACUGCAUAGACGUGAAUGUGAAUAAACAAUAAUUGCUAUGAGAAAAAAGCAUUGUUUCUUUGCUUAAACAAACCACAAUUUUUCUCUAAAGUACCAGUAUCAAAAAAAAAGUACAGUUGAAAAUAAGAAGACUAAAAUAAUUCUGGAGUCUCUGAUAAAACAAUAGUUUGUUUGUUGAAGAAACACACACACACCAUCCCCCUGUUUCAUUCAUGAUUUGUUAAACCAUAGUUUCCUGUGACAUAUGAAUUGGGAAGCUUUCGGUUUAAGUGCUUCUUACAAACCAAUGUCUCGACUUGGUCUGUUUAAAAAGAAAAAGCCUAUUCAAAUGAUGUUUACACACACACACACACAAACACACACGCCCUUCCCCAAUCACCUAAAUUUUAGGUCCCAUAAACAGUAACCAACUGAGGACCAACAAUCCUUCUCCCUAAAAAACAUGCUCUAAUUUACUUACUCUAACUGGGUAAAAAGCUCCAGAGGUUAAGGCAUUGGCCAUGAGAGUGUUGUCUUCAGUCUCGUUAGAAAAACUCAUAACGAUGCCGGAAAUACAGAGCGGUCCAGCAAACCCCAACAGGUCGGCUAAGUAACGGAACGUACUGCUCA